AUGAAGUUGGAAUAUUUAGCUAAUGAAGUAUUACAUGACCUAUUCGAAUAUUUCGAUCCCAUUGAACUCAUCCAUGCUUUUGAAGGACUCAAUACUCGUUUCAAUAGACUUCUCUUCAUUUAUUUUCGAUCGUAUCGUCUAGAUUUUCGUUCUAUAUCAAAAUCAAAUUUUGAUCUUAUAUGUAAACAAUAUUUACCAUUAAUUAUUGAUCAUGUUAGUUCACUGUGUCUAUCCGAUGGUGGAGAAACUCCACAAUUAUAUGAACAUCUUACAGCUUAUUGUCUUACAAUCGAUGAAUUUACUCAUUUACGAUCACUUUUACUUCAAAAAAUUGAUUCAGCAAAUAUAAUUCUUAAUAUUACAUCAGAUUGUUUUUAUCUUCCAUAUCUUACUCAUUUAAAGAUCGUCGAAUGCAAUUUUACUAAUGAAAAGGAUCCCAAACAACUAAUUUAUAAUAUUUGGCAUUUAAAUAACCUCACACAUUGUACAUUGGAUAUGACUUUUGAAUGGCGACUUAGUUUUUGUGGAUUAUCAAUAAUAUCAAAGUCUAUUGAAUAUUUGUCGAUAAAAGAUUAUAUUUUUUCUUCAUUGGAACUUACUCAUCUACUAAGUUUGACACCAUUUCUUCGACAUCUUUGCAUUACAUUUGGAGAAAGUAUUGAUAUUAAAUCACAACGUAUUCUUAUUGCUCCAUACCUCACUAGUCUAGAACUUCAUUUCGGUGGUUCACUAUCUACUUUGACAAAUAUUUUGAAAAGCAUGCCUAAUUUACUACAUUUAAAACUUGAAACAGGAUCGAUUCAUUUGAAUGGAAAUCAAUGGAAACAAAUCUUAAUUAAUUAUGUACCUAAAAUUAAAAUAUUUCGAUUUCUCAUUAGAGUUUUAUCGUUGAAAGAUAAUCAUGUAGAAGAAUAUCUUGAAGAUUUGUUGAGUACUUUUCAAACUCCGUUUUGGAUGGAUGAUCAUCAAUGGUAUGUUCGAUGUGAUUGGCCACAACAUACUAAUAAAAUAUUCGUUCUUUAUACCUUACCCUAUUGUUUUGGUGAUACUUAUGUUGUUUAUCAGAAUCGAUGGUCGAAAACAACUUGUCCUAAUGUUCGCGAUUGUAAUUGUUAUGAUCGAGUAAAGGAUGUAUUUUAUAAAGGACGUAUAGAUAAUUUUGUUUUGUUUGCUAUAUGUUAUCCGAAAAUCCGUCGACUAACUUUGAAACUGCCUUUCGAUGUUAAUUUUUGGACUAUUAUUCCAAGAUUAGAUAAUUUGACUUCGUUAGAAGUAAUUCAAACACAAGAAAAUAUUCGUUCCGAAUCUCAACUGAAAGAGUUACUCAAUCGAGCGCCUCGUCUAGAUUUUCUAAGUGUUGAUGCGAUAUCAUUUUUGCUAUUGGCACAAUUAAAUAUAACUCAUGUAUCACUUCGUCGAAUUCAACUGAAACCUUACCGUUCUAGAACGAAUCGCUAUUUGAAUGCUGCACAAUGUUCUAUAUUGGCUCGUUCAUUACUAGGACUUCAAUGUGAAGUUCUUGUAAUUCGUAUUGAAAAUCGACAAAUUAUCCUUGAUCUUAUACAUACGAUGUACAAUCUUCGAGCAUUGACUUUCGAAUGUCAAGAUGACAAUUCAUUAGUGCAUUCGAACGAUGAACUUGUAGAAUGGUUGAGAAAUUCUUUGCCAGAAACAUAUUCAGUUACCCGACAUAGAUCUCGUCUCGUAGGGAUAUGGAUUAAUAGAUAA